AUGGUGAAUCACUUUGUAUAUAAUUUAGUAUCGAAAGGCAUAGGAGGAGCCUUUACAAGUACAUUCUUCAAGACUAUUGAAAUAAUUGGAUUAGAAAAUGUUCCUAAAGAUUAGCCUGUUAUAAUCUGUAGUAAUCAUAACAACUAGUUUGUUGAUGCUUUAUUAAUUAGUUCCAGAAUGAAUAGACCUGUUAAAUUUAUUGUUGCUGCUAAAUCUACUAGAAGACCCGUUAUUGGUUAAUUCAGUAGAGCACUUGGUGGUAUUCCAGUAGAAAGAGCUCAAGAUUUAGCUAAGGCAGGCAAAGGCAAAAUUGUCUCUCUAAAGAAUGGAAUAAUGAAAGGAGAAGGUACUGAGUUUACUAAGGAAGUUUAAAUUGGAUAUACAAUAAUAGUAUAAAAAGUUUAAGGAGAAUUUAUUGUAGGUACAGUUGUAUCAGACACCGAACUAAAAGUUAAACAAGACGAAGAUGUAGAAGACAGCGAAUUUUCUUUACCCUAUAAGAUAGUGCCUAAAAUCGAUUAACAUGAACUUUAUAGUCAUGUAUGGGAUGCCCUUAAAAAUAAUGAUUGCAUCGGUAUUUUCCCUGAAGGUGGUUCUCAUGAUAGGACAGAUUUCCUUCCUUUAAAGGCAGGUGUCUGUAUUAUGGCUUUGGGAGCUAUGGCAUAGCAUAAUAUUUAAGUCAAUAUAGUUUGUUGCGGUUUGAACUAUUAUGCUUGUGAUAAAUUUAGAUCUAAAGUCAUCAUGGAAUUCGGUCAGCCUUAUAAAAUUCCUAUGGAAGCUGCUGAAACUUACAAAAAGAGUAAGAGAGAAGCUAUAAGUGAACUUCUUCAUGAAAUUGAAUAUAGACUUAGAGAUGUUACCACUAGUGUUCCUUCUUACAAAGAGCUGAUGGCAGUUUACAUGGCUAGAAAAAUUUAUUUGCCUGAAAGUGUAAAGGUCAGUCCUAAAGAAGAGUUAGAAUUAAAUAGAAGAUUCGCUAAAGGUUUUCUACAAAUGCAAGAAAAACCUUAAAUUAAAUAGCUAUUUAACAAGAUCAGAGAAUAUAAAUCACUGAUAAAGAUUACAUCAAUUGAAGAUUAUUAAGUCAGAACAUAUGAGAAAGACUUUAAAAAAAAUUUGAUGAUUUUCAUCUAUUCCAUUUUUACUGUUUUAUUCCAUCUCAUCAUCUCUCUUCCUGGUAUUCUCAUCAAUGGUCCCUUUGGUUUACUCCUUAACUAUCUCUCUGAAAAAGAAAGAAUAAAAUGUCAAAGAGAAUCAAAAGUAAAAGUUCUUGGAAAAGAUGUUGUUGCAAGUUAUAAGUUAAUUUUAGCUAUUGUGAUAUUACCUAUCUAGUUCUUUUUACUGGCUUUGUUAUUCUUUUUAAUAGGUCCACUAUUUAUCUCAAGCAUGUACGGUCAUAGAUUACUUUACACCUCUAUAUUCUGCAUCAUUUACCCCACUUACAAUUACAUUAUGAUUCUUUCUACUGAUAGACUUUGGAUGCACUCCAAAAAUUUAGCAGGAAAAUUCAAUUGUCUCUUUAAUGAAUAGCAAUAUUUAACAUUAAAAGCAAUUAGAAGCAAUAUAUAAACUCAACUUAGAGAAUAUGUCAAUGAAUAUGGAAAAGAAGUUUUCAAAAAUUUAGACGAGAAUAAAAUUUUAAACGAAAAGAAGCUAAUUUCUGUUAAGCAAAAAGGAGAUAUUCAUUAAAGAAUAGAUAAUACUAUCAAGAGAAUAUCUUCAACAGAACUUAUGCAGAGAAUAUUUAGUGUAUUAGAAGAUAUAGGCAUUUGA